AUCCGACAGCCACUUCCUUGGGAGUUGGGGGACUGGCCUUUGGAAGUCGACGCGCUGGCCGCGGCUCGGCCGUCUCCGCCCCCUUCCGGGCAGCCAAUUGCAUCUAAGACGUCUGGCGCGCGCACGCUCCCUCGAGUUUAACGGUCACGAGAGGCCGCUCGCCCGACCGUAAUAUCAGCAGUGAGAGCCGGGGCCAGACUCUCUCAGGAGCUUAGGACAUUUCACAGUUCUGAAUGUCAGCAACUGAAAAUGCCUGUAGACGAUGAAGCAUCUGAAGAUGACUCGGAUUCAGUUUCUUCAAACAGUGAAAGAGUCUGCAUUUCCAAACGAGAGAGUGUAACAAUUUCUGUACACUAUGGAAGAUUUUGACUUGGGGAAACCCUUACAAAAAGCGUCAUCUUCUGUAGAAUCCAAGAUAAAAAAUUCUUCCCAUUCUCUUGGACUGAACUUAAAUACUACUAAUAGAAGUAGUCCCCUUAGUACAAAUGGGGUAUCCUCUUUCUCAGGGAAGACCAGACCAUCUGUAAUUCAAGGUACAGUUGAAGUCCUAACCUCUUUAAUGCAAGAGCUACAAAACAGUGGAAAGACUGAUUCGGAACUUUGGAAAAACUGUGAGACCAGGUGGUUACAACUAUUCAAUUUGGUGGAAAAACAAUGCCAGGAGCAGAUAGUUGCCCAGCAGGAGCAGUUCCACAAUCAAAUUCAACGUAUACAGGAGGAGAUAAAAAAUUUAGUCAAAUUGCAGACCAAUAAUGCUUCCUGGGCUUCCUGUGAUAGAAGUUCUUUAAGCAAACAGAUAUCUUCAGAAAGUCAAAUGGGUUUUUUUUCUGAAAACAGUGAGAGAAAUGAAUCUGUUAUCAGUCUUCCUAAGUCUAAAGAACCUGAAAUGCAGCAAGAAACAUCCACAUCACAACAAGACUGCAAUGUGGAUAGUAGCUCAGUGAGCAGUGGGUAUGGUACCUUUUGUGUCUCAGAACUAAAUACCUACAAAUCUAAGGCCGCUCAAGAGUUCAUGGAGCACGCAGAGGUUUCUGAAGGACAGUUCGGAGCACCUGUGGUGCAGACAGAGUCGCUUGCAGAUGGUGUGAAAGACCAGAGUUUUUAUAUACAUACUAAUGAAGAGUUUUGCGCAUCUUUAAAGGAAUAUAUUCCCAUUUUUCCUGGUGAAUUUGAACACAAUUUUCUUGGUGAAAAUAAGAUAUCAGAAGUAUACAGUGGAAAAACAAACAGUAAAUCGAUAACAUCAUGGGCUCAAAAGCUGAAGCAAAACCAACCAAAUAGAGCACAUAAAGAAGAGGGGUGUUCAAAAUCUAUGCAAGGAAAUGAGCAAACCAAGAAGUCACCAAUUGAGAAAUUUGAUUUCACUGCUGCUACACAGCCUCGAGCUUUUUACCUCAACAAACCAGAUGAGAAUCCAAAUUCUUGGAUGUCUGAUUCAGGAACAGGACUGACUUACUGGAAACUGGAGGAGAAGGACAUGUAUCAGUCUUUGCCUGAGACUUUAGAGAAGAUGUUUGCACCGGCCCCCUCCACAGAUAUAUCAUCAAGCCAGUCUAAUACUAGUAAUGAGAUGAAGCUACCAUCACUGAAGGAUAUUUAUCAUAAAAAACAAAGGGAAAACAAGCAGUUACCUGCGAGGAAUCUCACUUAUGCUUCCAACCCAAAUCAUCCACCCGAGGUGCUGGCUCUAGACCCAAUGCUGCACAUGAAACCAAAUCAGCAGAUUUCAGGGAUUCAACCACAUGGCUUUCUGAAUGCCCUUGAUGACAGAAUAUCCUUUUCACCGGACUCUGUUCUAGAACCUAGUAUGUCUAGUCACUCUGACAUAGACUCGUUUUCACAAGCAAGUCAUAUCGCUUCUCAGUUGUCUGGAUUCUCAAAAUAUCCUUCAAAUACAAAACUUUCACCAGUGGACUCUUGGAAGAAUCAUGCUUUCCAAAAUGAAAGUAGGACCAGUUCCACGUUUCCUUCAGUAUAUACUAUUGGUAGUAAUGACAUCUCAGUCAACACUAUAGAUGAAGAAAACACUGCCCUGGUAACUUGCACCUCGGUCAGUCAGUCCCAGCUUCCAGGUACAGCCAACAGUGUCCCAGAAUGCAUUUCACUGACUUCCUUGGAAGACCCUGUGACAUUGUCUAAGAUUAGGCAGAGUCUGAAGGAAAAGCAUGCUCGACACAUAGCAGAUCUUCGAGCUUAUUAUGAAUCAGAAAUAAAUAUUUUGAAACAGAAAUUGGAAGAAAAAGAAAUUUCUGCUGUUGAAGAUUGGAAGAAAACCAAUCAAAUUCUUAUAGAUAGAUGUGGCCAGUUAGACAGUGCUCUGAACGAAGCUACUAGUCGUGUGAGAGCACUUGAAAAUAAGAAUAACUUACUGGAAAGAGAAGUGAGUGAUUUCAGAGAACGAUUCAAUGCAGCCAGCAGUGCCUCCAAAAUUUUGCAGGAACGGAUUGAAGAAAUGAGAACAAGUAAUAAAGAAAAAGACAAUACCAUCAUUCGUCUGAAAUCUAGACUUCAAGAUUUAGAAGAGGCAUUUGAGAAUGCUUACAAACUCUCAGAUGAUAAAGAAGCAAGACUAAAACAAGAAAACAAAAUGUUUCAAGAUCUUCUAGGAGAGUAUGAGUCCCUUGGAAAAGAACACGAAAGGGUAAAGGAUACAUUAAAUACAACUGAAAACAAAUUGCUUGAUGCACAUACUCAGAUUUCUGAUUUGAAAAGAACAAUUUCAAAACUUGAAGCUCAGGUCAAACAAGUUGAGCAUGAAAAUAUGUUAAGUCGUCUUCAUAAUUCUAAAACUCCCAUGAGACCCUCACGUGCCAACACGCUAGCAACCGCAGAUGUCAGCAGGCGGAAGUGGCUGAUACCCGGAGCAGAAUAUUCUAUCUUUACCGGCCAGCCUCUGGACACGCAGGAUGGUCAGGUGGACAACCAGCUGGAGGAGACCUGCACUCCUGGGUACCAUUCUCCUCUGGAAAAGGAUCCUUCACUUGGAAGUUCAAGUUUAUUGAUAAAAAAACAAAGAGAGACUUCAGACGCACCAAUCAUGAAAGCUUUGAAAGAACUUGAUGAAGAAAAAAUAUUUAAAAAUUGGGGCACACAGACAGAGAAAGAAGACGCCUCAAAUAAAUUAGUGACUUCCCAGCAAGCUGACACUUCAGUCAACGCUGGUCAGUCCCCAGAGAAAGGUGCCCAGCAGAGACAGAAGCGAUUUCAUUCUGCUUCGCAGAGAUCGUCAUCUUUACCACCAUCAAAUCGUAAAUCAAGUGCUCCAACAAAAAGAGAGAUUAUGUUAACACCAGUGACUGUGGCUUAUAGUCCAAAGCGAUCCCCUAAAGAAAAUUUGUCCCCAGGAUUUAGUCAUCUGCUUAGCAAAAAUGAAAGCAGUCCGAUUCGAUUUGAUAUACUUUUGGAUGAUUUAGAUACUGUUCCUGUGUCUACAUUACAACGUACCAAUCCAAGGAAACAACUCCAGUUUCUUCCUCUAGAUGACUUGGAAGAAAAAAAAUACUCAGAAAAAGCCACUGACAUCCAUGCUGAUCAUAGCUCUUCCCCUGAACCAUUGCCAAAUGGGGUGAAGAAAGUCUCUGUGAGGCCAGCUUGGGAGAAGAGUAAACCGCUUAGCCAUGAACCUGGGCAGUCCACUUCAGCCUCGUCACAGGGUAAUGACUUUGAGUACACGGCAAAAAUUAGGACUCUAGCUGAAACGGAACGUUUUUUUGACGAACUUACAAAAGAAAAAGACCAGAUUGAGGCAGCUCUAAGUCGAAUGCCUUCUACUGGAGGACGAACCACUUUGCAGACAAGAUUAAACCAGGAAGCUUUGGAAGAUCGUUUGGAGAAGAUUAAUCGAGAGCUGGGUUCAGUUCGCAUGACAUUAAAGAAAUUUCAUGUUUUACGCACCUCUGCAAAUCUUUGAGAUUUGUAGCCAUUAAAUUUUGAGACUUUUUUUUUGCACUAACGUAUAAUUAUGCACUCAGAAAAGGCAAACUAUUUUGUACUGUUUAUAAGCCUUCAAACAGUAGUUUUACAAUCAUGCUAUUCUUUACACUUGCUAUUUUAUACUCCAAAUGGCCACAUAUUUUCAAGAUAUUUUUGUUAUGCUCAGGAAUCUCUUGUAUAUUUUACUAUUUAAAAAGUAUUAUUUUUAAAUAGUAUAUGUCUCCAGUUUAUAUCAAGAAUAAGGAAAUGUAAACAGGGGAGGCAGCUUGUUUCUAAACAAAUAGUGUUAUCCUUUUACAGUUAACUUUGCACACCAAUUUUAUACACUUGUUCUACAUUGUGAAUAUGAUUCUUUUUUUUUAAAUAAAUGCUUAAGAACAGCUUCCAUAAUGAUAGACUAAUACAUGCUGAAU